AUGACAGCCACUGGAGAAUACCUCUCCAUAUACACGGACCGUGGAACACUCUCGUACAUACCCGACCACCUACACGACCCAGAAAGCACACGCCGCUGCCUUUUCCAAGGCCGCAAUCGCAGACCUCACCGCAUUCACAUCGCUCGCGUGGCACCCGACCCGCUACUCUUUAGACGGCAAUCCACCAGCAAAUCCUACAUUAUCGAAAAGCUGGCAGGCCCACGCGAUAACGCCAAACGUUUCCUUCGGUCUUUCAUUGAUUCGCACUUUGCGAAUCCUCCUCCACAACCCGCCGUCGGCACUACUCCGCGAUCGUCGACGAGUAGUGUGAGCACACCCGACUCGUCCCCACCCGAGAGUAGGAGGUGGUCAGUUGCGACAGGCGAGAUGAGGUCUACACCGAGAGGCUCUAUCGGCCUCAGCGCCGCGGGCGGGCCCCGGCCUGCAUUAGUUGAGAGCCAUCGUUCGUCUGCGAGGUCGUCAGUAAAAAGCAUGAUGAGUAGUAGCGUGAAAACGCUUGCCGAGGAUAAACCUUUGGCAUCUGGAAAUGGUGUCAGCGUCGGUGUCACACUUACAGAACCCGUGCUUUUUCUCCAGGGAUUCGAACAGUCUGAUUCGUCGGAUCGUAGCACAGCAAUGCUUCGGGGGACACUUAACCUCAAAGUGACGAAACCGACCAAGAUCAAGGCCAUCACGCUCAAGUUCCGCGGAAAGGCACUCACAAAGUGGCCCGAAGGUAAGCAUGCAUUCAACGACCACAUAAAACUAAUCCUGACAUCUUCUUCAGGCAUACCUCCCAAGAAGACCGAAUUUGAAGAAAUUGACACGAUCAUGAGCCAUACAUGGCCAUUCUUUAACGCUCAGUUCCCCACUGCCGAAGCAGGGACCGGCGCGGAUCAAGUUGAAUUGUUCAAGGGCUCAACUACGAAUCUGCAAGCACCGAGAGGCGGUUCGACCAACUCACCGAAUGCAUCAUCUACAAACCUGAGUACCAAGGAAGCAAAGCGACUAUCUCUGCAGGUGAACCAAUCGCGUAGUUUCGGCAAAGGCGAAUCACCGUCAGGUGGGCCCACCAUAGCACAGAAAGGUUACCGAAGCUUCAACCCUGGGACGUACAUGUACAACUUCGAAUUGCCACUCGACAGUCACCUUCCUGAAACAAUCGACGUUGAACUUGGCUCUGUAAAAUAUGAAUUGGAGACAACUAUCGAACGCGCAGGAGCCUUCCGUGCCAAUCUUGUCGGUGUCAAAGAGGUGACCCUUAUUCGAGCUCCCGCAGAGGGCUCGCUGGAGCAGGUUGAACCAAUAGCCAUCAGCCGAAGCUGGGAAGAUCAAUUGCACUACGACAUUGUCAUAUCCGGAAAAUCGUUCCCUCUUGGAGCUCAGGUACCGAUUGCGUUCAAGCUGACACCGCUUGCGAAAGUGCAGUGCCACAGAAUAAAGGUGUUCGUUACAGAAAACAUCGAGUAUUUCUGUUCAAACAAGCGGGUACACCGGAUGGAACCCGUCCGGAAAGUACAACUAUUCGAGAAACGAGCUGAUGGUCCAGCGACGAGCACUUUUCCUGGUAGCACGAUGCGAAUCGUUUCUGGAGGUGGAGUCCCGUACGACCAGAGAGCGGCCGCCUCUCGAGGAGAAGAUGUUACAGUCCAGGAUCCGACCAAUCUAUUAGGUGAUUUAUCCACUGGAGACGUCAACAUUGGACCAACAGAGAUGGAAUUCAACGUUCAGUUGCCGAGCUGUCACAACAUGAAGGAGAAGGAUAAGACCAGCAGGCUACACUUCGACACGACAUAUCAGAACAUUCAGGUCCACCACUGGAUCAAGAUCGUAAUGCGUCUUUCGAAACCGGACCAGAACGACCCGACGAAGAGGCGCCAUUUCGAGAUCUCCAUUGACUCGCCAUUCCACAUUCUCUCGUGCCAGGCUACGCAGGCAAACACCGCCCUGCCUGCAUAUUCAUCUCCUGAAUCUCCGACGGCAGACCAACAGAUGCCGCAAUGUGGAUGUCCUGGAGCGCCUGUGCGCCGUACCUCGCCUCCUUCGAUGGUGCCUACAUUGGGCUCCUUGGGACGUUCGCGUGAUAACUCGGAGGUUUCUAUCCCUAGCCCAGGGCUCGCACGGCCUCAGGCAGCGCACAUUGGCGGCCCGACGGACGGGCAGGUUCAACGGCCCAUGCACCUCCUUAGAGCGCCCUCGUUCAACCCACCGCCAUUUGAAGAGGAAGAGCCUCCGCCACCGCUGGAGACGCCUCCACCACUUUAUGAAACGAUUGCUUCACCGACACAUGGAUUGUCGGAUUAUUUUGCUAGAUUAUCAGCAUACGACGAUGAUAGCGAAGGAGAGUCAGGAGAUAACAGUCCGGGUGGCGGGCGAAGUCGGGUUGAAAUUCCGCUGACACCAGGAAGCCGCAUCCACAGCCGAUCCAUGGACGAGAGGCGAACAUGGCUACCGGUCGGCAACUGA